AUGCCUGCAUCUGCAACUGCUCCCGGAGCGAAUGUCCUGCCUGUCGCCGCUGCUCCUGCAUACGUCUCGUCUAACCUACAUGACUUCUGGCCAAGGCUGCCAUGGUCUGCACCGGACGAACCCGCUCCACCAUUCCUUGACAUGCAAGCGUUGAAAGACGAUGUUGAUUUCGUAAAGGAACAUUGGCUCGACACUGAGCCGCGCAUGCCUCCACCGAACGACAACUCUCGUUGGCAUGGCGUCAAGCUGUUAGGAUCUGGUAGCUAUGGCGCAGCCGGUUUGUGGGCUGAAGCCGAUGCAGCAAACAAUAUUCGUGACAGAAUGGUGAUCAAAGAAGCCAAAGCCUUCACACCAAGCCGAUGGCGCGAUCCCAAGAACUGGCGGGACCGAUUGCCACAAGAAAUACAUUACCAUUCGGGUGGCGACAUGAACGCGGCAAUGACAUUUCAUGCUAAAAGCUGGAAGGACGGGAAACCCACCGACGAGGACAUAUUCGUACCAGAGGGGUUCGUCUGGUAUACCAUCAAAGCGCUCGCGACUGCUUGUCUGGUGCUUCGCGAAGGCACCAUCGAUGGCACUACGGUUGAUGGCUGGAGACCCAUCACCCACUUGGAUUUGCAGUUACCAAACAUACUUUUGAAUGUUUAUACUCCACAGAUUCCGGAAGCCAAAGGAAAGUCAAAAGCGGGCUCCUCCAAGAGUGCUAGACUCAACCGUGCCGACGCUGACGAUUGGAGGGCUGGAGAGCCUCCCGUGAUGCCUGUUCUCGCAGACUUUGGUAUUUCCUUCUUCAGUCCGGAUCGUGGCACCUGUCCGAUUACCGACAAUCCUGACGACUAUGUCAUCCACGAAACUGACACGCGAUAUCCUCCUUACGGGCGAGAAGUCAAAGAGUUGGUGCGGAGGUGCUUGAACUUCGAUCAUAAUCUCAGACCGACUCUAAGAGAAAUCCUUGCUGAGGUCGAUCAAUCAUUCUCGGAUGACGACGUCUUGACAGACCAGAUCAAGGACAAAGACGGGCUGCAACUCAUUCUGCCAGAUACUCCCGAGUUCGCCAUUGGACAGCCAGUCGACGCAGCUAAAAGAAGGGGACGUGAAUGA